UUUUAUCAAUACCUCUGUGUCCAAGAAAGAAAAUUUGUCUUUACUCUUUAAAACGUAACAUAAUAUACUACUAAUAUAUAUAUUCAUAGCUAUAGAAACAAAGAACUAAUUACAGCAUUUCCUUGAUUUACACUAAUCAACAAGUCAACACUCCAAGAAAAGAGCAAAAAAAAGAUGUGGAUUUUUGGAAGGAAAGGAGGAUCUGGAUUUUCAGCUUCUUCUACUGCCGAAGAAGUUACUCAAGGAAUUGAUGCUACUGGCCUCACUGCCGUUGUUACAGGAGCAUCAAGUGGUAUUGGUGCAGAAACGACGCGUGUCCUUGCAAUGCGUGGCGCACAUGUAGUAAUGGCAGUUCGCAAUGUAAAAACUGGCGCAAAAGUUAAAGAAAGUAUUCUUAAAGAGAUUCCUCCUGCCAAAAUUGAUGUAAUGGAGUUGGAUCUCAGUUCUAUGGAAUCUGUUAGGAAGUUUGCAUCAGAGUACACCUCUUCCAGCUAUCCUUUGAACAUCCUAAUCAAUAAUGCAGGGGUUAUGGCUCCGCCAUUCAUGCUUUCUCAAGACAACAUUGAAUUGCAGUUUGCAACUAAUCAUCUAGGUCAUUUUCUUUUGACAAAUCUUUUGCUAGAGAACCUGAAAAAUACAGCUCAACAGAGCCACAAAGAAGGAAGGAUUGUUAAUGUUUCAUCAAUGGGACAUAAGUUUACAUACCGUGAAGGAAUUCGCCUUGACAAAAUCAACGACAAAGAUAGUUACACUUCUUGGUAUGCUUACGGACAAUCAAAGCUUGCUAAUAUCUUACAUGCUAAUGAACUUGCAAGACGUUUCAAGGUAAACUAUUGUCUUCUGGGUAUUGAAGCUUCUCUUUACUUCAGCGACUGGUAACCAACUGAACAUUUU